UAUUCAAAAUGUUACACAUUUUGUAUAUUUUGUCAUUUUUACAUUUGCUUUUAGCAGCGUAUAGUGAACACAAUAUUUCAUCUGGGGAAGAUAGUCAAAUCAAAAAUUUUACCGAAUUUCUGGAGAAUAGUCUCAAUAGAACCGUUUUGGAAUACACAUUGAAAUCGUUAACAAAGCCCGGUGAUAAUUUUGGUGCUGUAUUACGAUCAGUUGUUUUGAAAGUAGGUUGCAAAGAUAAUGGUUCUAUCGAAAAUAACAUCCGCAACUUGGUCAUAAAAACACCAGUGACAAAUCCAUUUCUAGCUGAAUUUUUCAAACCAACAGUUACAUUUGUAAAAGAAGUUCACUUUUACUCGGAAAUAAUUCCAGCUUUGGAACAGUUUGAAGAGAUUGCAAAUGUACCAAGGGAAGAGAGAUUAGACGCGUUCCAAAGAAAAAAUAUACAUAUUUCUAAUUUCAAAGACGCAGAAUAUGCUGAUUCAGAUGCAAUAUUAUUGCUUGAAAAUGUGAAAUUUAAAAGUUUCAUCAAUGGAGAUAAGCGCAUCGGCUUCAAUACAAAUGAAACAUUGGCGACCCUUAAAGUUUUGGCAAAAUUUCAUGCAUUGUGUAUUGCAAUGAGACGAUUGGAACCAACAUUAUACAAUAGAAAAAUAGAUCCGUUUAUGAAAUCACUUGACAGAAUGAAAGAAAUCGGCAGUCCAGUAAAUGAAUUUAUUUACAGCGAGAUGAAACUGGUUCUUAAUCUCUCUGCGGAAGCGAGUACUGCAAUUGAGAGCAUCUUUGCAAAGGAUGAGAAAUAUAACAAAACCAUUGCCACUGAUACACCGUACACGACAGUUGUUCACAACUAUUUAUGGAUCAACAAUAUUAUGAUAAGAAAAGGUACUUUAAAAUAG